AUGGUGGACAGCACACUCAGCACCCCCCACCAUGAAUGUCACACCAGGCCGACCAGCCAGCGCCCCCGUCAAAGCAAAGCCACGCCCCCGACCGCUGCCAUACACCACCAACAACCAAACACACAACCAAAGCCGACCCCCCGCCAGAACCCGGUAGCCACCCCAGCCAAAGGGCCGGUCAUCGAAACCAGGAACCUUGAUCAAAAAAGCCAAACAACCCAGGGAGAACCGGAGUACAGGCCCCGCCCCCAAGGCCGAACGCCGACCCACAGCCCAGAUCCCAACCAGGCAGCCUACCCUGCCCCCAACCCCAAAUGUCAAAUGGAGAAAGGGGCUACAGAUCCUCACUACAGCAUACUGUCACUGCUGCUCUUCCUCUCAGAUUCUCCCUCAAACACAAACUUUACAGAGAGACCCAGGGUAAAGGAGGCUGAACUGGAGGACCACUUUGACUGGGCGAAAUACCUGAUGGAGGGUGAGGACAUUGACACCGGACCAUAUCCAGAUACCCCCGAUUGGUCUGACAAUGAGAGCGAGGAUGAUGACAGUCAGCAGCCAAUCAGUAGGGAGGACUCUGGGAUUCAGUUGGACAGAACCCCCCAGGAGGACCAGGACAAUGCCAGCAAGACAGUUCCAGUGGCAUGGACAGUGGGCGAACCUGACGCCCGAGCCUGGCUUGAACAGCAUGUGGUGACGCCGUACUGGACAACUAAUGCUCUUCGUUUUCCUCACAGCUUGCAUUUACAUUCAAACCUGCUCAAUGUUUGGGAUCAGCACUUGUACAACACUGAGCCCUUGUAUCUGCUUGAAGAAAAGACUUUUGUCACAGAGACUCAAGUGAUCCGGGAGACACUGUGGCUUUUCUCUGGUGUCAAGAAACACUUUAUUUUCCAGCAACAUGACGGAAAAGUGUCAGUAAGGAAUGAUGUAGUGGUGACUCAUCUGACGAGUAACUGUCUGUACUCCCUGCUGGAGCACAUCGCUGUGUACGGUCAGGCCGUGUCCAGGCUUCAGAGGUUCAUCGACGAGGUGACUGGAGUGGAGCUGCUGAAGGAUGGAGACCUUCACCUGAACAACUCCAGGCCCUAA